AUGCCCAUGGACCGUCUUCCCACAGAGAUCAUCGACGCAAUCACCGAGCAUCUCGACUCCGAAUCUAUCAAAAAUUUCCGCCUCACAAGCAAAUCUGCUGCACAGAAAUGUCUCAACCCGCGCUUCCUCUCUUUAUCAUCGCAGGCAAGAACAGAUUUUACACCAGAUAGCCUCCAAAAUCUUCACAGCCGCGCCUCACACCCAGUUUUCCGAAAUGCCGCGCGCUGCUUGAUUGUCCAAGUCAUAGUAUACGACCACCGCGGCGUGUGCCCGAAAAGAACCAAACUCGAAAUCUUUUACGGGACAAGAGAUCCAUGGGGAAUACAGUGGUUGGACAAGAUACAACAGGAACGCGAUAGCCUGUCUGACGAGUUUGUCAUUGAUUCACUCGCGACUACCCUGGAUAGUUUCCCGUCCCUUGACGAGAUCCAAUUUGAGCCGCGCGUUUUGAUUGCCCCGGGGGUUAGUCGGUUAUUGCUGAUUCCAAGCCAUGAGUUUCCGUGGAUGUCUCAUGUGGUGUUCAUUGUAUUGGCAGCUGUUGCAAGGUCGUCUACUCAGUUGCGGAAAUUGGAUAUCUACAAUGGUUGUCGGUUUGGAUGUCCGUGGCUUAGCCGCCACAGCGUCUCUGCGAGUGAAUUUGCCUUUUACAUCAAAAGGAUCAAAGCAGAGAAACCGGCACGACGCUCUCUACCUAUCGAGGUCCUGGGGUUGACCGUCUCCAAUAUCUCCAGUGAAGACUGGAGUCGUGCUGGUAACCAAACGUCGUUGCGGGCAUCUCGUGCAGUGUCCCCAUCUAACGAUGGACAUGAACUAAACGGCUUCUCUGGCGUGCAGCAAUUGCUCCAAUUGACGAGUAAGCUUGUUAGUCUACACCUCACCUUCGAUUUUGAGAUGGAGGAAAACACAAGGGGACCUGAAGACCCUUAUAAGAUCUUCAAGAGUAUCGCAGACGAUGUGCAUCUACCCCGACUAAAACAUUUCUACUUGACCAACUUCUCAGUCACGGGUAAUUCAUUACUCAAGUUCCUCGGAAGCCAUCCGCAAAUCAUAUCACUUGAUAUCUGGAGAGCUUCUAUUCCCGAAGAGGAGAGGUGGAAUCCUACAUUGAGGUAUAUCAACACCAACAUGCCUGUUUUGAGAAGCGUCGGUCUUUCAGCUCUCAGAAAAGGCGACCGAUUUUCUGGCCACGAGCUCAUAAGUAUCUUGGCCGAUUAA